CAGUUGACAUUUAUGAAAUCAUGUCAAAAAUCAGAACCAGAUGUAAUGAAAAUUGCAAUUCUCUUGUACAUCGUUAGUUCUUUCUUGCUAACUCCGUCAACUGCAGAAGACGAUCCUUCAGAUAACCAAGAAAGUGAAAAUUCGGAAGAUACAGUUGACGUUUUCACCAAAUGUUAUGAACACCUAGGAUGUGUUCAAACAGACUCCAACUGGUAUCACAAGAUCUACAGACCAAUCAAUUUGAAACCAGCAGAUCGACAUAUCAUCAAAACAGAUUUUCUCUUAUUGAAACAAAGCGAAACAGAUCCAGAGAGUAUGUUGUACAAUAGCUUUGUAGCUAUUGAAGGAUCUAUGAAAGCAGCAGGAUUCAACAAUGCUUCUCAGCUCAUGAUAAUCAUCCAUGAUUUCACUGGUAACGGCUAUUCUGGAUGGAUCAAGAAUUUGGCAUUCACAAUGAUCAAGAACGCUCUAGACUACAAUCUGGUAUCAGUAGAUUGGCAAAGAGGGGCUGAACCCCCAUAUGAUCAAGCCUUAGCAAAUUCCAGAGUAGUAGCUUUAGAGAUCAUAGCUCUUUUGAAAGAACUGAAAGAGUCUAUGCACUAUAGCUUUGACAACGUUCACAUAGUAGGCCAUGGAGUGGGUGCACAUAUAGCAGGAUACGUUGGUGGUACUUACAAUAAAAUCAAGAAAAUCACAGGUCUGGAUCCGAAUGGUCCACGGUUUCAUGGCAUGCCAAACAUUGUUAAAUUGAACCCAGACUGUGCGAAAUACGUAGAAGUGAUCCAUACUGAUUCAUAUGACUCUAGAAGUCAAGGUAUCAACGAAUCGCUAGGUCACAGCGAUUUUUACGUGAACAGUGCCCCAAAUCAACCAGGUUGUUCAAACAAUCCAGUCUUUUCUGAUCUGUUAUCAGUGGACAGGAGCAAUUUGAAGGAAGGGCAAAUAUUACCUGGCUGUAGUCACAAAAGGUCUUUCAAGUAUUUCAUCGAAGCUGUUUCGAACGGAAAUUGUACCUUCAUGGGAAUUAGUUGUGACGGUCCUAAGGAGUUUGAUGAAGGACGAUGCAAUUCAUGUAAUGAUUCUGGCAGGGAUUGUAAAUUCUUUGGGUUGAAGACCUAUAUGAAUGCUGCCCAAAAUAUCAAGUAUUACUUGAAUUCCGGAGAUCAAACUCCGUAUUGCAUGUUUCAGUACAGAAUGAACAUAUCGAUAAAAGGUGAUAGCAAGGUGGGCUACUUUGAUUUCAUUUUGGUAGACGAACAUGCCAAUGUAGCAGAAGCUGUCCUGACUUCUGAAUCUUCAUCUAACUACAGAGAUAUCAAAGGUGGUCAAAGCAACAUUUUCGUUUACUAUGCUCAUCCCCCAAAACUGGGACCUCUGAAAGAAGCCAAAGUGAGAUGGAACGAGGAGAAAAAAUUCUACUGUAUAUUAUUUUGCAAACAGUCCAUAACUGUUGACAAAAUAACUGUGAAUUUUUUAGGCACAGGCUCGGAAGACGGAAGGUAUGAAACUGUUUUGUGUCCCACAAACGGUGAAAUGGAAAUCGAAAAUGGAUCUUACAAGACUUUCACGAACUGCUCACCCAAAUCGAAAUCCUCUAGUACAGCAGUACCAAAAACCACUAGCAGUACCAGAACUUCAACGAAAAUGACAACUAAGAAGGUCAAUAGACACAAACAUAAAUCAUGAUAGGCAUUUACACUAGUUUUAAUUUACACUAAUUCACAAAAUAAUAUAAUAUACAAUCCAUAUAUCAAUAAUAUAACAAUCAGAGCUCUAUACACUUGAUAUCAAGUAUACCUAGCAAAGUGUAUAAAACAGGAUGCGAAAGUAUGUGCGCUCUAUUCACAAUAUCGGCUGUUCUUGAUUCCGGAAAGAAUCUUAUUUCGAUUCUUCGUUCUCGUGAGGCACAGUCUGAAGAUGACAUUGUCAAAAAUCAGAAGAAUUCCAUAGUUUAUGGAAACAGUCGAAAUCAUAAGUUGAAUCUGAGCUUUGACGCUUUAGGUUAACAACAAUCAAAUUCAAUGAUCAAACAUCAAUGUAAAUAUAUGAACACAUUUUUCCACAGUUAGAUAUUCAAUCACCGAGAAAUGAAACAUGCAAAAUGAUGGCAGCAACAACUAUAAAGUCUUUGAUGUUAACGUAGAUCAGAUCAUCAAAUCAAAAAUGUUAAUGAUGCUUGAUCUCAUACAAAAUAGAGACAACUCCGAUUCAACUAUAACUGUCAUAUAUUUACAAUAACUUGACAACAAUACCUUAUCCAUUAAAUAUUAUUGUAACUACUUCGCAUUUUCUUUUCCAAGCCCUUUCUAUACAUCCUUUGUCCUAAAUUCACAACAAGUAAGUACACGAUUAACAAAUCAAUUAUAUGAUGCCUUUUAGGCCUGCGAUAUGUAUGUCAACUCAAAUUCGAAAAAUAUCAUAGAAAAAUAAGUGCUUCGCAAAUAUCAAAAGGGCUCUUCUUCAUAACUUUGUUCAGAAAUCUUAGAUUAUGACAAAAUUAUUUGUUUGAAUUUCGAAUUUUUCUCAUCUGAUUGAUAAUUGCGAAGGUAUAUACGACUUUGAAACAUUGAGAUCUAAUGCCAACCUUUUUUUCAACGACCUGUGCACCUAUAGGUUUUUGUAGCUAAGGUCCUUAGUUCAAUAACCGAUUUAUAAAAUAACUGAAAAUUUAGAUUCUAAUUUACUACUUGUACAACUAAACACUUCUCAAUUUAUAAAAUUCGUUAACAGUUGAAAAAAUUGAGUACGAUACUACACGAAUGUAUAGUAUCAAUUCCUCAUAUUAAAACUAUGAUCAAAUCAAAGAUCCAUCUAUAAUACACUUUCAUUCUAGACUACUGUUUUUAAUAUUGACAUCGUUUUGUUUUUGAAUAUUCCAUGUGAUGCUGAAUCCAAAUAUUUUUAGUAUGAAGAUGACAUAAUGAAAAUAUGAAAUCUUGAAUUUUCAUACUUAAGGAAGAUCAUGUUUUGAAAAAUCGAGAGUCGUGUAAUAUAAGUAGAUCACGACAAAGUGAACAUCAUAGUGGAAAUAUUCAUUUUCCUAUUUUCUAUACGUAUGUACAAAUUCAAAAUUUUCCUAUUUUCAAAAUGGGGACUAUACUCAGGAAAUUGUAACAUACAAAGCACACUUUCGUAGAAGUCCCCUUGAAAUUUCAGGUUAUCCUGACCCCUGAAAUAUUAUACCCUCCACAAAGAAUAUACAGGGUGUAUCUAAAUAACACAGAAAAAUUCAAAAGGUGUUUUCUUGUGACAUUCUAGCAAAUGAAGUUCAUACAAACAUGUCUCCUAACUUGCUCCGUUAUUGAGAUACAGGAUGUUGAAGUUGGAAGUGUUAAUUGUUUUUAUUUAUAACCCUCCUGUAUAAGUUUUCAUGGUGCCAAAAUUCAGUAUGGAUGGAGACUGAGAGAGCUCCAAAAUUUCAGAAUGAUUCUAAUUGGGGAUAUUGAGUAAUCUCAAUGAAAGUCUUCAAAACACCUGCAUUAAAAUUUGCAGUCAAAUCGAAUUCUUAUUGUUUCCUCAAAAACUAAGCUGGAUACAAAAAUCACACAGGGAAUGAGAAAAUUGUUAUUUCAAUAGUUCAAUCUAAUAAAGAUAUGAAACUCUGAAAAACCGAUGGUGUACAAUGAUAUUCACCAUAAAUAUCGAUAAUCUUUCCCACUGUGACGCCACUGCCAAUAUUAUUUCGAAUUUCAUUGCACUAGAAGAAGCUCCAUAUUACUGUUAACAAAACCACAAUGUUUUAUUGGAAUUGAUGGAAAAACAAUUGAGAAAUGAAUAGAACAAGGAUUUUUCAUGGAAAUAUUAAUACCCUGUAUCUCGAAAACGAAGAAAGUUAGGUCACAUGUUUAUAUGAACUCGAUCACCUAUAAUAUCACAUGGAAUCACCCCAUGAAUUUUUUCGAUGUUAUUUAGAUACACCCUGUAUAUGGUCGCCAUCUAUCAUUGGUCACGUAUUGAAAUGAAUCAUAAAUAAGUAUUGGAAAAAGUUUAUUCGUGAAUCGGUGGAGAAUAUAUGAAAGACUAUAGUAGAAGAAGAAGUUGAUAAAAAAAAUUGUUUCCACCAUUUAUUUUCAAAAAUGGAGUAAUUUCAGGGAUCAGGAUAUACAGGGUGUUUCAUAAUUGAAUGCUGAUCCUUGAGGGCGAUAAUCCUUGGAUGAUUUCAAAGAGAAAAGUUUAUUUCAACAUAUGUCCUGAACGUCUUAGUUAUUGAGCUACAGGGUGAUGAAUUUUCAAGAAAAAAAUUAGUUUUUCAUCAUAAUUUUUUAUCACUCUUAGAUAUUGUUAUGAUAUUUUGUAUACACCUCAUUAUUAAGGAGCAUUUUUUUACGUGGAAGAUAUUUUUAAAAUUCUCACCAGUGGCGUCCGUACGGGGUUUGAACUGACAAUUUUUGAAGAAAACAAUAGUACGCCACUGAUUUUUCUGAGAACCAGAUUUUUUUUUCAAUUCUUAUUCAUUUUGGAGCAAAUUUGGUUCCAAGACUUACUUUCAUACAACGUACCGUUUUCGCGUAAAAAAAUAAAAACCAAAGAAUUUGGUCCUUCAGUUCUUGGAUAUUGUUUUUGGUAAUUCAGUAGACACCCACUAUAAGUGGAAACACAUUUUGUUUUGGGAUGAAAAUCAAACUUUUACUUUUACCAGUGAUGUCCUCGUAGACCUGAUAUUGAAUGUUUAGUUUAAAAAAACGCUGUACGCUUUUGAUUUCAACACCCUGUAGCUCAAAAACUAAGAGGUUCAGGACAUAUGUUGAUAUGAACUUCUCUCCUUAAAAUCAUCCAAGGAUCAUCGCCCUUUAGAAUCAGCAUUCAAUUAUGAAACACCCUGUAUACGGUUACUUGUAAGACGCAUGCAAAAAAAGUAUAACUGCGCAUGGGUAUUGUCAGUCUCUAUAAAAGUAAAAGAAAACUCAAAGUUCAGCAUAUCCUGGUCGAAGUAUCAACAGUUAUCAAACGAGGGGACAAAAACUGUAUACAUUAUUUUGGUCAGAGUUUGUUUUUUCAUUUGUUGUGAUAUAAGAGCCUACACGUGAAAUACCUUGUACAAGAAAUUCGAGAAACUGAAACUGUUGGAACUGUCAAAAAGCUAAAAAGGUUCAACUUCCUCUUCUUUGACAAGAUAACAGGUGAUUUUCGAAUUUUGGAAAAUCAUACUAUUUCUCAUCAAUCACCUGAGGUAUUCAGAAUUGAGAGAAUCCAGAAGCGGUCCUGAAACAUUUUGCUAUGGCGAGAUUGAACAUCUGUAUUUGGUUUUGCAAAUUGUCGAGUGGAAUUUGAGGUUAUAAAAAGAUUUUCGUCGCACACUUUGCUCGAAGUUUUUGGAAAAUUCAAGGAACGUCUGAGAGAAAUUCCAUUAACGUUACAUUGGUUGAGUAGGUAUAUACUAAGAAUACUUUGAAAAUUCCAUAUUACUGUGUGUAGAAAACAAUUUGAACAGUUUGAUAUGAACACAUCAUGCUAGCAACAGGUUUCAAGACCGUUGAAAUACCUAGUUAUUCGGAGAUAAAGACCAGAAAAUAUUCUCACCCAAGUCAUAGAAUAUUUUGCAAGCUCUUAUACCACUCCUAUAUACCCUAAGAUCGUCAGUUGUGGAUGAAAACGAUAAACAAAAUGAAGUUAGCUGUUUUUUCUCAUUGUAAACAAAAGAUGGGGACUUUAACAGUUACAGUUGGCAGCUUGGGGACCUUGAGUAGCAUCUGUCAAACGUUGGCCUUUUGCACCACCACUCAUAAGAGUAGGGUCGGUGUCUAAGCUGUCGGACAUCUUGUCACAAAUGAUAUCCACUAGUCGUUCGAAAACA